AUGACACAAUCCGGCGAGAAGUUUGACGAUCGCGUCCAGGGUAAGAUCACUGAUCUCAUACGCGAGACGGGCCUGAGUGGCCAGCUGGGAAAAGGCCGUGUCUUUAUGAACGUGGAUGCGGAGUUCCGUGCGGUGGCCGUGGUCGGCGUGGGACAGGAGGGGGCCGGCUUCAACGACCUGGAGAUGAUCGACGAGGGAAUGGAGAACGCUCGCGUCGCUGCUGGCGUGGGGGCUCGUGCCCUUCAACUGCAGGGCUGCACAGAUGUCUUCGUGGAGUCGAUGGAGUCGAUGGAGCAGGCGGCCGAGGGGAGCGCCUUGGCCGUCUGGCGCUACAACACCAACAAGCGCCGUCGGGACCGCACACUCAUUUCCAAACUGGAGCUGUACGACUCUCCCGACUCGGAUGCCUGGAUGCGGGGCCUGUUCAAGGCCGAAUCGCAGAACCUGGCCCGUCGCCUGGCCGAUACGCCGGCCAAUCAGAUGACGCCCACAAUCUUCGCCCAGUCAACGGUGGAUGCCCUGUGCCCCUGCGGGGUAUCCGUGGAGGUACGCAGCGUGGACUGGAUCGAGUCCAAGAGCUUGAACAGCUUCUUGAUGGUGGCCAAGGGCAGCUGCGAGCCGCUGAGCUUCGUGGACGUCAGCAAGGCUGGUGUGAUGGCCAUGGCCGAUCCCUUGCUCUACGCCCAGACGAUCUACAAGCCGCGCAUGGUCGUGGACAUUGCUCCAUUCGAGAAGGCCGGUGCCCUUACGGGGGAUCGCGUUUGGCGUCUGCCCCUGUGGCGCUACUUCAAGGAGCUGAUCAUGCCGAACGACACCUUUGACAUCAGCAACCGCGGACGUGGCCCCGCCUCCAGCUGCAUCGCUGCCGCCGUUCUGCACGAGCUAGUGCCGUGCGUCGACUGGGCCCACCUGGACAUCCGCAACGUGGGCAUGCUGACGCGCUACAAUCCGCUGCCAUAG